GCAAUGUCUAUCGUCUUCGAGCAUAUACGCCACUCGUUACUGGUGCGGUUUGAUGCUCGCCGUAAAAUGAGACUAGUGAACAAAAAUUUCUCCUUCUCCCGUAAUAAUACUGUUUUUAUGUGCUCUGCCUCCUCUGCGAUUUCGUUUCCCACUUCUUCUCGUCUCCGUUUUAGUAGUAUUCCUACAGAGCCAUCAAAAUCUCAUCUCAAGCUGAGCCGAAUUCGGACAAACCCAUCAUCUCUCAGUUGCCCUCCUCUGAAGCUCACCUGUUCCGAUGGAGGCCUAAUUGAAGCUUUUCAACGGCUGGACGGAUCAAUCGAAGCGUAUGCCUACCUUCUUGAGCUUUGUGGGAAAAGCAGAGCUAUCUCUCUGGGUCGACAGCUUCAUUCCCUCCUUUUCAAGACUUUCCCCGCUAUCCAAUUAGAUUUUUUAGCCGGCAAGCUUGUGUUUAUGUAUGGCAAGUCUGGGUCUUUGGAUGACGCAGUGAAAGUGUUUGACGGAAUGCGCCACAGAACGGCCUUUGCAUGGAAUGCCAUAUUAGGAGCAUACGUUUCUAAUGCUCAACCUUCUUCUGCUCUCUCUUUCUACCGGAAAAUGCGUUCAUCUGACAACAACGUUCCUCUCCAUCUUCACUCUUUUCCUCUUUUGCUUAAAGCCUGCGCCAACCUUGGAGAUAUCCGGACUGGCACUGAGCUUCAUUCUCUGCUCGUUAAACUUCAGUACCAAUCAACAGAUUUUAUUCUCAAUGCUUUGAUUUCCAUGUAUGCUAAGAAUGAUGACCUAAGCUCAGCUAGGCGGUUGUUUGACGGGUCUGUAGAUAAAAGAGAUGUUGUUCUCUGGAAUUCUAUCAUCUCUUCAUAUUCCACCUCUGGCCAAUCUUUGGAGACUCUACAACUGUUCAGAGAUAUGCAGAUCAAUGGCCCUCCUUUCAACAGCUACACUCUAGUUUCGGUCCUUACAGCCUGCGAAGGUUUCUCUUUUGCUAAGCUGGGGAAAGAGAUUCACGCUGCUGUCCUUAAAUCAGCUCACUGUUUUGAACUCUUUGUGUGCAACGCCUUGAUUGCAAUGUAUGCGAGGUGUGGUAAAAUGCUUGAGGCAGGAAGGAUUCUUCGUCUCAUGGAUAACCAUGACGUUGUGACAUGGAAUUCUCUGAUUAAGGGAUAUGUACAGAAUCUCAUGUACAGGGAGGCGCUAGAGUUCUUCUGUGACAUGCUCGCUGCUGGACACAAACCCGACGAGGUUUCUUUGACCAGUGUCAUUGCAGCAUCAGGAAGAUUAGGCAAUCUGUUGGUUGGAAUGGGAUUGCAUUCUUACGUGAUUAAACAUGGCUGGGAUUCUAAUUUGCAGGUUGGGAACACGUUGAUAGAUAUGUAUUCCAAGUGCAACCACACAAGUUACAUGGGCUGUGCCUUUCUUAUGAUGCAUGAAAAAGAUCUUAUUUCAUGGACUACCGUCAUUGCUGGCUAUGCUCAGAAUGAUUGUCAUGUAGAGGCCUUAGAACUCUUCCGGGAUGUUGCUAAGAAAAGGAUGGAAACUGAUGAAAUGAUGCUGGGGAGCAUCCUUCGAGCUUGUAGUGCACUAAAAUCCUUGCUCAUUGUCAAAGAAAUUCAUUGUCACAUCUUGAGAAAAGGUUUACUCGAUACUGUGAUACAGAAUGAGUUAAUAGAUGUUUACGGAAAAUGCGGAAACAUGGGCUAUGCUACUCAUAUAUUUGAAUCAAUCAAAAGUAAAGAUGUUGUCUCUUGGACAAGCAUGGUUUCGUCUAGUGCUCAUAAUGGUAACGAAAACGAGGCUGUUGAACUCUUUCGACGCAUGGUUGAAACUGGUUUGGCUGCUGAUUCUAUAGCAUUGUCGAGUAUACUGUCCGCUGUAGCAAGUUUAUCUGCUCUCAUGAAAGGGAGAGAAAUUCAUGGCUACUUACUCCGGAAGGGUUUUUGCCUAGAGGGAUCCAUUGCAGUUGCAGUUGUGGACAUGUAUGCAUGCUGUGGAGAUUUACAGAGUGCAAAUGCGGUGUUUGAUCGGAUAGAAAGGAAAGGUUUACUGCAAUACACAAGUAUGAUCAAUGCAUAUGGGAUGCAUGGCUGUGGAAAAGCAUCCGUUGAGUUGUUUAAUGAAAUGAGGCAGCAAAACGUCUCGCCUGACCACGUUUCAUUUCUGGCACUUCUUUAUGCGUGCAGCCAUGCAGGUUUGCUUGACGAGGGUAGAAGGUUUCUCAAGAUCAUGGAACAUGAAUAUAAAUUGGAACCAUGGCCUGAACAUUACGUGUGUCUGGUUGACAUGCUGGGUCGUGCAAAUUCUGUUUUGGAAGCCUUUGAAUUCGUUAAAAUGAUGAAGAUAGAACCGACCACAGAAGUGUGGUGUGCACUCCUUGCGGCAUGCCGCUCUCACUCAGAGAAAGAAAUUGGAGAGAUAGCAGCUCAGAGGCUCAUUGAGCUAGAACCUAAGAACCCAGGAAAUCUUGUGCUUGUAUCUAAUGUCUUUGCUGAACAGGGAAGAUGGAACGAUGUUGCAAACGUGAGGGAGAAAAUGAAAGCGGACGGAUUGGAGAAACACCCUGGAUAUAGUUGGAUUGAGAUUGGCGGCAAGGUUCAUAGAUUUACAGCAAGAGACAAGUCUCAUCCAGAGACCAAAGUGAUAUAUGAGAAAUUGUCCAAGGUUACUAGGAAGUUGGAGAAGGAAGCAGGUUAUCUAGCCGAUACAAAGUUCGUUCUGCAUAACGUAGACGAAGAGGUGAAGGUCCAGAUGCUGCAUGGACAUAGUGAGAGGCUAGCAAUUGCUUAUGGUCUACUCAGAACACCUGACAGGGCCUGUCUUCGGAUCACAAAAAAUUUACGUGUUUGUAGUGAUUGCCAUACUUUUUGUAAGCUGGUCUCUAAGUUAUUUAGACGAGACAUUGUGAUGAGGGAUGCCAAUAGAUUUCAUCAUUUUGAAAGUGGACUGUGUUCUUGCGGAGAUUCUUGGUGAUCAAAGCGUGACAAAGCAUAUCAUCAAUCCAGAGUCCAGACAGAAAUUACUAUGUCAUUAGCUUCACAGGGUUUGGAUAUGGUCAUUUGCCUGUGUCAAAAAUACAAGUGAAGAGAAAGAGAGAGAGAUUGCAAGGGAAUUCAAAGUAAAAGACAAAGAUAGAAACCUGAAAAAGAGGAAAAAAUUAAAGGAAGAGCGCAAACAUAGGAGGGUGGUUGAUGCAACUAUGCAAGCAUGGACCUUGGCGAAAAAUUCUUCAAGGAGUACAUAAGAAACGGUCAAUAUUUAAAAUAAGAACUGAACUGGAAAGCGAUCUUGUUGCAUCAGUUUGAAAGGACUUGGAAGUCAGUGACCCUGACCUUGCGUGCGCUCAUCGGCUCUUUUGAUCAAAAAGCGUCUCUUAUAAGGGAUCCAUCAAGGUUCACCACGUUAAAUUAUCACCGUAUGUAUUUGAAUCUUUUGAUCGUUCAAGUGAGCUUCACACUGCUUGUAAUGUUAUCUACUUUCCGAUUGCUCCUCUACUCUGUGCUCUUGAUAUUCAGUUAUCACCAUUCCCUAGAGAACUGCAUCCGCUAUGGUACGCUGCUCAAGGUUUCUUGAGGGAUGGGCUUCUUGAGCCCUUAAAUAAAGAUCUUGGAUUCUUAAAGUAACUGAGGAAGGGUGUCUCUGAAACAGGUAUGAAUUUUGUGAAAAACCCAAUUGGCCAGGAAAGAGAUGCAAUGGCUAUGCAAGUUCCCCAUUGCCACCCGUUAAGCCUUACUGUGUCCGCAAAGUUUUUAAGGAAUUCCACCAUAAUGACUUGAAGCACGAUAGUGAUGGCUAUGAUUCCAAUGAACAACCUGUUUCUGUGAAUUCCUUUGAACACGUUUUUCUUCUCCAUCUCCCUUGCAUUGAAUUCGUUGAAAACUUGGCAGAGCACGAAAGUGUUGAAUAUGAGCGUGUCCUUCACUUCCUUGCGCACGUUGAAUAUAGACAUACCCUUGAACUGUAAGAUCAAGAGUACGGCUAUUUGAUAUAAUGACUGAACCAGGAGAUUCCUCCACAUGACAUUUGUUAUCAGGGGCUCUGUUCGGCCAACUGGCUUUCGCUUAAGGAGCUCGUUGGUGGGUCGCUCUGUGGCGAGGGCCAGAGCUCCCAGAGUGUCCAUGAUGAGGUUUACCCACAGCAGUUGAACUGCUGUCAGAGGGACCUCACCAGCUGACACUGCUGCGAUGAAAUUGAUCACAAGAGCUGCAACGUUCACUGUUAGCUGAAACUGAAUGAAUUUCUGGAUAUUGUUGUAGACACACCUUCCCCAUUUUAAUACUGUAGCAACUGAUGUGAAGUUGUCAUCCAGAAUGACAAUAUCUGAGCUUUCUUUUGCCACUUCGGUGCCCUGAAUUCCCAUGGAAAGUCCAAUAUCUGCUUCUUUUAGUGCAGGUGCAUCGUUGGUGCCAUCCCCUGUGACGGCUACCACGUGGCCUUUAAGUCUCAGACAUUUGACCAUUAGAAGCUUGUCGGAGGGAGAGGACCUUGCCAUCACCCGGAUCUUCUCAAUUUUCUGCAUUCUCUCUUCCUCGGUAUAGUUUCUGAAUUGAACACCUUCUACAACAGCCUCCUCUUCUACAUCUUUGUCAUUGUGGUCCAGGAUUCCGCAUUCAAAAGCUAUUGCUUUUGCAGUAAAAACAUUAUCUCCUGUUAUCAUCUUGAUGGUAACCCCCGCAAGUUUGCAUGUUUCAACAGCUUUUGAGACACCAGGCCGACAAGGAUCUUUCAGACCCACAAUUCCCAUCAAGGUCAAGCCAUCUUCCUCUAAUCCUGAGUUAUUCAAAGAUACUUUAUGGGCGAAUGCUAUGCAUCUGAGGCUACUGGCCGCCAUUCCUUGGAUUAUUGCCUGAAUUCUGUUCUUUGCGGUGGAGUCCAUUAAGUCAACGGACCCAGUGCUCGUGUAGUAUUGAGAACACAUAGCCAGGACCAUUUCAGCGGCUCCUUUCCAGUGUACAUGGACUGUGUUGUCAGAUUUUCUCCGGACCAAAACACCACUUCGCUUCUUUGCAGAAUUGAAGGUUUCAACGCCGAGAACAUCGUAUUUUUGCUUCACUGACUCCAUAUCCAUACCCAGAUUUAGCACUGUCCAUGAUAAGAGAGCCUUCUCUGUUGGACUGCCCGAGAACUCAGGCGUUGGCCCUGAUUCCGACACACAGACACUACCUGUCGUGUUCAGACCUGUGCCUUGGUAAAGCAGAUCAAGAACGUCGGAUGAGAUCAUUUGGGUAGAAUCCUCAUGGAUUGACUCUUGGCCAAGCCAAAACUUGGUAACUUUCAUCUCGUUCAGUGUUAAAGUGCCUGUCUUGUCUGUGCAUAUCACUGUGGCUGAGCCCAUUGUCUCACAGGCUGAGAGCUUCCUGACCAUAGCUUGAUCGGACAUCAUUCUCUUCAUGGAGUAAGCCAGGGUCAGAGUCACAGCCAAUGGCAAGCCUUCCGGGAUUGCCACUACGACAAUGGUGACUGCAACUGACACAAUUCGCACAACAGAACUGACGACAGUGUCAACAGGUGUUUUGCUCCCGUUGUAUUCUAUUUUGCCAUCUUUCUUUGUGUUCCCUGUGAAGUAACGGACUAAUAACACUACCAGGACAAGUGCAGCCACCGUGAGACCAAGUUUUCCGAUGGUGGAGGUCAGGGUGUCAAGACGAACCUGCAAUGGUGUUCUCUCGCUAGAAUCUUGGUUUAUGGAGCUCAUUGUCUGCCCCCAAGUUGUGCUCAUACCAACAGACACAACCAGCAUCUGAGCAAACCCGUCGACUAUCUUAGUUCCGGAGAACAAGAAGGGAUUAUCCUUGUGAUCGACUUCAAGAUGGUCACUCUCUCCUGUCAUACUAGACUCGUCCACCUGAAGGGAAUGCCCAUCCAAGAAAAGACCAUCGGCAGGAAUCUGAUCUCCGAUCUUCAAGAAGACAACAUCACCAACAACAACAUCGAAGAUGGAGAUAUGUUGACGCCUGCUGUCCCUAAGGACUUCCACUUUGAUAUUACUGCUUAUCUUGGAGAGCUUGUCAAACUGUCUCUCCUGCCUGAAAUUGCUGAGAGCAGAGACAACUAUGACCAAGAAAACUGCUACGAAGAUGCUUCCGCCUUCAUACCAACCUUCUUGGAGGCCGUGUUCUUUGAUACCGAAGCCAAGGGAGAGAGUGGCGCAGGCCAACAGGAUCAAUAUGGUUGUGUCUUUGAAAGCGUCAUACACAAAGAAGAGAAGUCCUUUAGGCGGUGGCUUUUGAUAGGUGUUAGAGCCAAAUAGGUCACGGCGUCUAUUGACCUCUUGCUCAUUCCCGUGGAUUCCUUUGGUGGCGUUUGUCCUGAGGGAAGCGGCGAUACCCUCCACUCCACCCAGAGCUCGGAUGCCCGGUAAGUCUUUACCCUUCAUGAUCUCCACGAGUCGUUCCUGAUCGAUGUCAGGAACGUAAGAGAGAGGCAUAGAGUUGAUCUUUGCUCCACCACCAGACUCGAGGGCAGUGUAGGAGAGGGAGGCAUCAGAGGAUUUAAUUCUCCCGGGAACUAUCUCCUUGACGAGGGAAAGCAUAGCUCUCGCAGAGUAGAUGGCAGUGUAGGCAAUACGCCAACGCCUCUGGGCCUUGUUGAGGCUGGUGGUGGAAAGGUUGAGCAACAGAGCACCGUAAUCAUAUUCCUUGAGGUCUCUCAUGGUUAGUGUGUAUAGAGUGAGUUUUUGAGGGGGUGGGAGUGAAUAAAGAAAACCUCGCGUGCUCUCUCGCCUCUGUGUGUUGUGUGACUUGUAAGACACUCAAGGAAAGGAAUGAUUUCUCUUCUCCCUGAGACUCCAUGCCUGCUAUUUAAAUCCGUAUAGCCGCCUUAUAUUCCAUUUGAUAGCAAUUAAAUAUUUAUUAGUUUUAACUUGUACAUAGUUUAUAAUUUUUGAGGCGGUGAAACAAGUUGUAAAGACACAGAUGUUCGAUCAGAGGAGUGGGCAGCACAUCCUUUUGUACUUUGUGUGUUGACUUGUCGUAUUGGUUUUGGUUUGGGUGUCGAACCAGUGUGUGCUAAAAUAAAAAGAGAAGAUUAAAUCGAGUCUUGGUAACUUUUUGUAUUAAAGCAUUGUUAGUCUAGA